AUGUCGGACAUCUCCACUGAUUUUAACAACGACACGCUGCCGGCGGCCGCGGUUACGGACUUCAACUUCCCCGCGCUCAUAUUCGGGAUUUUACUGAUUGUGAUCAUCACUGGUGGAAACGUGCUCGUGUGCCUCAGCGUGUACCUGGAGAAGGCUUUAAAAACCACCACCAACUACUUCAUAGUCAGUUUGGCGUUCGCAGACCUGCUGCUGGCGGUGCUGGUGCUGCCGCUCUUCGUUUACGCAGAGUUUCAGGGUGGAGUUUGGUCCUUGAACAUGCUGAUGUGUGACAGCCUGAUGACCAUGGAUGUGAUGCUGUGCACCGCCUCUAUAUUCAACCUGUGCGCCAUCAGCGUGGACAGGUUCAUUGCCGUGUCCAUCCCUCUGAACUACAACCGUAAACAUGUGGACCACCGUCAGCUCAUCCUGCUGUCGGCCACCUGGCUGCUGGCCCUGGCCGUGGCCUCGCCGGUCAUCUUUGGCAUCAACAACGUGCCUGACCGCGACCCCAGCGAGUGCAAACUGGAGGACAACAACUACGUGGUUUACUCUUCAGUCUGCUCCUUCUUCAUCCCCUGCCCUAUCAUGGUCCUGCUCUACUUCGGGGUUUUCCGUGGCCUGCGGCACUGGGAGGAGGCCCGUAAGGUCAAACUGCGCAGCAGCAUCGAGGCCUGCAGGAAGCUGCAGCACGCCGCUGUCGCCACCGCCCUCCCCCCGCUGACGGGCACCAUCCCCGGGCCUCUGCCCAUGCCUCUGCCCAGGAUCAUCGAGAGGGACUUGGCCCAGUCUCGGCUAGACGAUACGGGCGACUACAUACAGCAGGAGAUUCCUUAUCCUCGGCAGUACAGAGAGAACUCUGUGCCCACGGUAACGUUCAGUCAGCAGCAGCACAGGAAGAAGAGAGCCAAGAUCAACAGCAGGGAGAGGAAAGCUAUGAAGGUGCUACCUGUCGUAGUAGGUUGCUUCCUGUUCUGCUGGACUCCGUUCUUCGUGGUGCACACGAUGCGAGCCGUCUGUCUGACGUGCAACAUCCCUCCCAGUCUGAUGAGCACUGUCACCUGGCUGGGCUACGUCAACAGCGCUCUCAACCCCAUCAUCUACACCAUCUUCAACACAGAGUUCAAGAAGUUCUUCAAGAAGUGUUUCCGCAGCUGCUGCUGACGUCAGGUUUCCCUCCGUGGACGCUGAAGGAAGGACCUGGGAGGUCAUGAAGCCCGACUGGGAAAUCUUCCAGUUUAGCCAGUCUACCCAUCUCUGAGCUGCCAGCUGGAUGUGGAUGGUUCAUAAUCUCUGGCUGGCAGGAGAAACAUGCUUGAACACUAUUGCUGGUGAUAAAUAUCACAUUUCUGGGUCCAUUUCAUCAUUUGGUGAUGAACUGUCUUGAUCCUCCGGGAUUACCACCCAAACUAAAUAAUGAUGUCGCACAGAGAGCCGCAGAAAACAGACUCCCCCGUCUGAGAGGAGCUGUCACCACUCUCAGUUUGUCUGUACAGCACUUCUUUACCGUGUAUCAGCCUCGGCUGUAGUUAAGGUCUGCCAGUUCGAGUGAUCGACGUGGGAUUGUACAAAGCAUGUCUCCCUGAGAGGAUCAACUCGGGGUGAAAAUGUCCCCAGGAUCCAGAAAGACAGACUAAGUUUCAACAGAGCAGAAUGUCAAACAGCUUCAUGAUGAAAAAAUAUCUUUGAAAAUCAGCCGCUGAUCUCCACUUUCUCAUAUAAGCUUAAAUUAAUAGUCUCUUAGUCGCUUUCUUGACAGGAGUCAGAUGAGAAAAUCGAUAUUGCCCUCAAGUCUGAACAAACAGUCAACAGACAGGGCGACAGCUAGCCUGGUCCUUCAGAUGGAGAUAACAAAAUGAUGCUUCACGUUACACAUUUUUAUUUGUUUGUUUCAUCCAAACUAAAAGCAAAGUUGAAAACUGACGAUUAAAGAGUUAUUAUGUGGUGGAUGAUAUCUUGGCCCGUCUCCUUGAGGGCAGAGACACCAGAGUAGCUGUUUCACUGUUUCCUGUUUUUAUGCUCAGCUAAAAUAAGUGGCUCCACACUUUUCAUCCAACUCUGAGCAAGAAAGCAAAUAGAAUAUUUCCCCAAAGGUAGAGCUGCAGUGAUUAAACGAUUAAUCAGUUUGACGAUCAACAGAAAAUUAUGGGUAAUUGGCAACUAUUUUUAUCAUCUUUGGGAUGCUUGUCUUUGUCACACAUAAUAACAAACUGAACAGCUCUGGAUCUUCCUGUUGGAUAAAACAGCAUCUGAAGACGUCACCAUGUGCUCGAGGAAAUUACACAGCAGAAAUUGUUUCAUUGUUUCCUGACAUUUAACGACAAAGUGAUUGAUUGCUUGAUCCGGGAAAUUACAAUAAUGGAAAUAAUUGUUAGUUGCAGCCCAACCCAAAUGUUGAGCUGUUCCUUUGAUGCAACACAGAGCUCACAUCAGUCCUCACGGCCCCUUUGAAAGUGCUUCUGGGAAAUGCCUAAAAAUGAUCAAUGCAUAGGAGACCAAGUGGCCAGUCGAAGAAAAGCAAAAACAAAAAGCUUCAUCAACAAAAUAUCUACAAGGAAUCUGAUCUCACAGAAGCAUGUGAAAUCACCACGACCUCUUGACACAGCAUUACACACUGGUCCCUCAUCAAAAAGCCUUUGGGAUUUUUCCAUUGGAUUUUAGAUUACUGCAGAAAAUAAGCUCUGUGGCAAACAUUUAUGAUCCUUACACGUUUUGUUUAGCAAAAUAAUCUUCACAAAUGAACACCACGUUCAUGACUGUUGAAGCCAAAAUGCAGUCACAAGAAGUAAAAAGCUAACGUUAGGUUAUAAAUGAACGACACUAGAGUCGCAUGAUUUUAGCAUCGCCGCGACAACGAGGCUGUAAAGCCGUGUUCAGUCUGAUGACAUUCUGUAGUUUUAUUUAGCCACUUGUCUGUGAAGAU